UGCUCGGACACCCGUGGAUGAUUUUUAAAGCAGCUUUUUAAGCAGUUUUUUCGGAGUUUUCGACUCAGUUUCCACAAAAAUCAAAGCCAAAUUACCAAACAGAACAAUGUCGGACAUCGAAUCUGAUGAAUGUGACGAAGAAGAGCAGAAAUAUUGCUAUGAAGGUGGCAGAAAUGAGGCAGGAGAGAGGCACGGAGUCGGUAGAGCUGUGCUGCCCAACGGAGGCGUCUACGAGGGAGAGUAUGACCGCGGACUAAAGCACGGACAGGGCUCAUAUCGCUUCAAGAAUGGAGCACUUUAUGUCGGAGAAUAUUCCCAGAACAACAAGCAUGGACAGGGCAUCUUCUAUUAUCCAGACGGGUCGAAAUAUGACGGGUCAUGGGAGAACGACCACAGACACGGCCGUGGUGUUUACGUUUACCCCAACGGCGAUACGUAUGAUGGAGACUGGCUCAACCAUUUGAGGCACGGUCAGGGUGUUUACACCUAUAAGGAUACCGGCUCAAAGUACCAGGGCACAUGGGUGAACGGCAAGAUGGAGUCGGAUGGAGAGUACAUCCACGCUAACCACCGUUACAAGGGCACCUUCGUCAACGGCCAACCUGAAGGACCGGGGAAGUUCGUCUUUGAUGAUGGCUACGAGCUGCACGGAAAAUACCAGCAAUCUAAGGUGGGGAACAGGAAGAUGCUGCAGCAGGAUACCAAUUAA